AUGAAAAUUUAUGAAAGAGAGGUGAUAGUAAAGCAUAUUUUAUGUUACAUUCACAUCUCCACCCAACCCACCUUGAUUAUAAAUUUUGUCCCCUGUUUGAACUCUCCAUGGUCUUUUAUGAAACUGCAACUCUCUUCAUCCCCAUGUCUAACAGCUCCAAGGCUCUGCAAAUCCUCAAGAAAACAGUUCCGGGUGAAAGCUUCAGCUACUGGUUCAGAUGCUGAAGAUGCGAAGAUGACGAUCACUAAAGACAAAAACCGGUGGAAGAUCGAUUUCUCCGGCGAAAAACCGACGACACCAUUGCUGGACACCAUCAAUUUUCCGGCGCACAUGAAAAACCUCUCAACACAGGAUCUCGAACAGCUAGCGGCGGAGUUGAGAGUGGACAUCGUAUAUUCAGUGGCAAAAACCGGUGGCCAUUUAAGUUCAAGUUUAGGAGUUGUUGAAUUGGCUGUAGCUUUACACCACGUUUUCAACACCCCAGAUGACAGAAUCAUAUGGGAUGUAGGCCACCAGGCAUACCCACAUAAGAUUCUUACAGGAAGAAGGUCGAAGAUGAACACCAUAAGAAAAACUUCAGGACUUGCAGGUUUUCCAAAACGAGACGAGAGUGUUUAUGAUGCUUUUGGCGCCGGACAUAGCUCCACCAGCAUCUCCGCCGGCCUAGGUAUGGCUGUUGGAAGAGAUCUAUUGGGGAAGAACAACAAUGUGAUCUCUGUAAUUGGCGAUGGCGCCAUGACAGCUGGACAAGCAUACGAAGCCAUGAACAACGCAGGAUUCCUCGAUUCAAAUCUGAUCGUCGUGCUAAACGACAACAAACAAGUCUCUUUACCCACAGCCACAUUAGAUGGACCUGCAACACCUGUCGGAGCUCUUAGUAGCACUUUAGCUAAACUCCAAGCAAGUCCCAAAUUCCGUAAGCUUCGUGAAGCUGCAAAGAGUAUCACGAAGCAUAUCGGACCUCAAGCCCAUGAAGUUGCAGCGAAGGUGGAUGAGUAUGCGAGGGGUAUGAUUAGCGCUAGUGGGUCGACAUUGUUUGAGGAGCUCGGGUUAUACUAUAUUGGCCCAGUUGAUGGACACAAUGUUGAAGAUCUAGUCACCAUUUUUGAAAAAGUCAAGUCAAUGCCUGCACCUGGGCCUGUUCUUAUUCAUAUUGUCACCGAGAAAGGAAAGGGUUACCCUCCUGCAGAAGCCGCAGCCGACAGAAUGCACGGAGUGGUGAAGUUUGAUGUGGAAACGGGAAAGCAAUUUAAGACGAAAUCCCCGACACUUUCAUAUACGCAAUAUUUUGCGGAAGCUUUAAUAAAAGAAGCUGAGGUGGACAAUAAAGUGGUCGCGAUACAUGCAGCCAUGGGAGGGUUAGCAACCGAGGGUCUUAAGCCGUUUUGUGCUAUCUAUUCUUCGUUUUUACAACGGGGAUAUGAUCAAGUGGUGCAUGAUGUUGAUCUUCAAAAGUUACCGGUACGAUUUGCGAUGGAUAGAGCCGGAUUAGUGGGGGCAGAUGGGCCCACACAUUGUGGAGCAUUUGACAUUGCUUACAUGGCAUGUCUACCAAACAUGGUGGUGAUGGCUCCAUCAGAUGAAGCCGAGCUCAUAAACAUGGUUGCCACGGCUGCAGCCAUUGAUGACAGGCCAAGUUGCUUCAGAUUCCCGAGAGGAAAUGGCAUUGGUGUACCUCUUCCUCCUAACAACAAAGGAGUUCCCAUCGAGAUUGGUAAGGGGAGAAUACUAUUGGAAGGAACUAGAGUUGCGAUUUUGGGAUAUGGUUCGAUAAUCCAACAAUGUUUAGGUGCUGCUAGCUUGCUUCAAGACCAUAAAGUGUCUGUAACAGUUGCAGAUGCACGGUUUUGCAAACCGUUGGAUGCAGAGUUGAUCAAAAGAUUGGCCAAUGAACAUGAAAUCUUGCUUACAGUAGAGGAAGGCUCAAUUGGUGGAUUUGGAUCACAUGUUGCCCAUUUUCUGAGUUUGAAUGGCAUUUUAGAUGGAAAACUCAAGCUAAGAGCAAUGACUCUUCCUGAUAGAUACAUUGAUCAUGGAGCACCACAAGAUCAACUUGAAGAAGCUGGUCUUUCUUCAAAACACAUAUGUUCAACGGUUUUAUCACUUGUGGGAAAGCCUAAAGAAGCAUUUCAGUACAAGACAAUCAUGUAGACGAAGACCAAGAUCCAACUGUCUAAUUAAUUAUACAAAUAUGUUUCAGGUGUUUAGAGUUGAAAUCAGGAAACUGAGGGAUAGUAACAGUUUGUGCAUAUAUAUGUUGUUUUUCUCCUUUAAAAAUGUAGUAAUGUAUUACAUAAUUUCACCAACAAUAGAGGAUUGUGCAAGAUCAGUGAAAAUAUAUUUAGGGAAGAAAGAUGGGAGGGGAUUUUUCUAUAGUUAUUGUUGUUUUUGGGUUCUAAAAGAAUGGCCG